AUGUGGUCAACUGUGGAGAGGCUGAUGUCGUCAUCCUCCUCCUCCUCUCCCUACCCCUACUCCUCCUUCCCCUCUUCCUCCUCUCCAUACUCUUCUACCGCCACCUCCUCUUCUCCCUACUCCUCCACCUCCUCAUCCUCCUCCUCUCCCUACCCCUACUCCUUCUUCCCCUCGUCCUCCUCUCCAUACACCUCUACCUACACCUCCUCUUCUCCCUACUCCUACUCCUCCACCUCCUCAUCCUCCUCCUCUCCCUACCCCUACUCCUCCUUCCCCUCCUCCUCCUCUCCAUACUCCUCUACCUCCACCUCCUAUUCUCCCUACUCCUCCACCUCCUCCUCUCCCUACCCCUACUCCUCCUUUCCCUCCGCCUCCUCUCCAUACUCCUCUACCUCCACCUCCUCCUCUCCCUACCCCUACUCCUCCUUCCCUCCUCCUCCUCUCCCUACUCCUCCACCUCCUCAUUCUCCUCCUCUUCCUACUUCUACUCCUCCUCCUCUCCCUACCCCUACUCCUCCUCCUCUCCCUACUCCUACUCCUCCAUCUCCCCAUCCUCCUACUUUUACUCCUCCUCCUCCACCUCCAUCCUCCUCCUCCUCCUCUCCUACCCCUACUCGUCCAUCUCCUCAUCCUCCUCCUCCCCCUACUUCUACUCCUCCUUCUCUUCCUACUCCACCUCCUCAUCCACCCCUACCCCAUUACUCCUUCCCCUCAUCCUCCUCUCCCUACUCCUACUCCUCCAUCUCCUCAUCCUCCUCAUCUCCCUACUUCUACUCUUCCUCCUCUUCCUACUCCACCUCCUCAUCCUCCUCCUCUCCCUACUCCUACUCCUCCAUCUCCUCAUCCUCGGUUACAGGAAAUCUCCGAAAACUUAAUAGAUAA